AUGAGUGAUGUUUUGCGGCCGAUUGAUAUUCUGAGCAUUAUCUUUGGAUUGCAUGUUUUUGGAUUUCGCCGUGAUUGUUCAAGACGAAUAUGUAGUUUCCUUUAUUCAAUGUCACUUUGCUGUCUAUAUAUUGCUGGUCGUUUUUAUUGGAAUCAUAACAAAAUAAACGGUAUACAUACAACUAUAUUUCAUAUGACAACUAUCAUACAUCAUAUGGUGAUAAUUAUAAUACUUAUAAUGGGAUUAUAUCAGAGCGAGACAUCGAAAUUAUGUACUAAAAAAAUAAACGAGAUCGACAAAACGCUUCAAGCGUUAGGCUCAUCAGCAUCUUUCAACAACAUUUACAAUAGAACAAUAAGGGACAUAACGAUAAUUAUCAUUUAUUUGUUCUCCUUUAUUAUGAUAACGAUCGUAAAGCAAAUUUUAAGAGGUCAGACGUUUUUUAAAUCACUUGACAAAUAUAUCAUAACAAUAUUACAUUUAUAUAGUUUUAUUGUCGAAUUUUUAUUGGUGAUCGAAUUCAUUACCAUUGUAAGGUGCAUCAAAUCGGAAUUUCAACGAGCGAACAAACUUCUUGCCGAUGUCAGUAUACUACCUGUUUCUUCUAUUGCUUCGGAAUUAUUUGAACACAGAGAAGCUGAUGGUUCUUUUUCUAUAGAACGAUCUCUUCCUGUCGGUUCGAAAAAAUUAUUUAUCGUUGCACCGUCAUUAAGACAAAGGCAGACGCAAUUUCAAAUUUCGAUUUACAAAAUAAAUAGAAGUAGAAUGCUAUUACGAACAAUCAGACAGAUUCAUCUGGAAUUGUACAGAGUAUCCAAAAAUCUUAGUAAUAUAUACGGCAUACAGAUAUCUCUAGAAAUUGCAAUGUGUGUUUUGCUUAACACGUAUACAUUAUAUACGUUUUAUGUGAAGUGUAAGGAAGAAAUACGUAACACUCAAGAAUUGAUUUUAGUUUUCUUUAGAUUAUUUUUGUUGUGUUUACAACAUUUGACUAAGAUUUUUAUCGUUAAUUAUGUAUGUGAUAAAUCAACAAAAGAGGCUGAGCGAACCAAUGAAAUUAUUCAUACAUUUUAUGGUCAAAAUACUGAUUUCGGGAUUCAAAAGGAGGUGGAAAUAUUUUCUUUGCAAAUGAUGCGACAUCAUAACGCUUAUACCGCAUUCGUGUAUCGGCAUUAUAACGACAUAUAUGAUUAUCAUGAUACAAGUAAACGAUUCAAUGAAAGAAUGAUUAUAAAUCAUUACGCUAGUCCUUUAACUUGUUCACCGUAG